UAGAAAUCGCCACAUCUUUGUCAGUGAACAAAAUGGCAACUUACUGUCUCACCGUCGCGCGGCUGCAGCUUGCUCUGGGGCAUGGCGCGCGGCGGCUGCAUGUGGCGGCCGCUUAUAGAGCCAAGGCCCAAGUGUCCAUGAGCCGCUUCGAGCCCACCUCCUUCGUCAGCUACGACAAGCUCCAGUCCAAUGUUGACGUCGUACGAAAGAGGCUCAACCGACCUCUUACCCUGUCAGAGAAGAUUGUAUACGGCCACCUCGAUGACCCCCACAACCAGGAGAUCGAUCGCGGGCGUACUUACCUUCGCCUGCGCCCCGACCGCGUGGCCAUGCAGGACGCCACAGCGCAAAUGGCCAUGCUUCAGUUCAUCAGCAGCGGCUUGCCGCAGGUGGCGGUCCCCUCCACCAUCCACUGCGAUCACUUGAUUGAAGCCCAGAUCGGCGGCGAUCAGGAUCUGGCCAGGGCAAAGGAAGUAAACCAAGAGGUCUACAACUUCCUCGCAAGUGCUGGUGCUAAAUACGGAGUUGGUUUCUGGAAACCGGGUUCUGGGAUUAUCCAUCAGAUCAUUUUGGAGAACUACGCCUAUCCUGGUGUGAUGCUCAUCGGCACAGAUUCCCACACACCAAACGGUGGCGGACUCGGUGCCAUAUGCAUCGGAGUCGGAGGCGCUGAUGCUGUGGACGUCAUGGCAGGGAUCCCUUGGGAGCUCAAAUGUCCCAAGGUGAUCGGGGUGAGGCUGACGGGUUCCCUCUCUGGCUGGUCGUCACCAAAAGAUGUCAUCUUGAAGGUGGCUGGCAUUCUGACGGUGAAAGGCGGCACCGGCGCCAUCGUCGAGUACCACGGACCGGGUGUUGACUCAAUUUCCUGCACUGGAAUGGCCACCAUUUGCAACAUGGGAGCGGAAAUCGGCGCUACCACUUCAGUGUUCCCCUACAACCACCGCAUGAGGACUUAUCUGGAGAAGACUGGGCGCGAAGAGAUUGCCGCUCUGGCUAAUGAGUACUCCGAUCUGCUGGUGCCAGAUAAAGGCUGCGAGUACGACCAAGUCAUCGAGAUCAACCUGGAUGAGCUAAAGCCCCACAUCAACGGUCCAUUCACCCCCGACCUGGCUCACCCAGUGUCCGAGGUGGGUUCCGUGGCCGAGAAGAACGGCUGGCCACUGGAGGUUAAAGUUGGUCUGAUUGGCAGCUGCACCAACUCGAGCUACGAGGACAUGGGCCGCGCCACCUCCGUGGCGAAGCAGGCUUUGGACAAAGGCCUGAAGUGCAAAGCUCAAUUCACAAUCACCCCCGGCUCGGAGCAGAUCCGCGCCACCAUCGAAAGGGAUGGUUACUCCAAGAUCCUUAGUGACGUCGGAGGCGUCGUUUUGGCCAACGCUUGCGGGCCCUGCAUCGGCCAGUGGGACAGGCGCGAUGUGAAAAAAGGCGAGAAGAACACCAUCGUCACCUCCUUCAACAGAAACUUCACAGCCAGGAACGACGCCAACCCCGCAACGCACGCCUUUGUCACGUCCCCCGAGAUUGUCACUGCGUUAGCCAUCGCCGGAACUCUCAACUUUAACCCCGAGACCGACUACCUGACAGCCCCCAACGGUGAGAAAUUCAAGUUACAGCCCCCCAGUGGAGACGAGCUCCCCGCCAGAGACUUUGACCCGGGUCAGGACACUUACCAGCACCCGCCCGCCGACGGCACGGGCCUCAAGGUGGACGUCAGCCCUCAGAGUAACCGACUGCAGUUGCUGGAGCCCUUUGACCAGUGGAGCGGCAAAGACCUGGAGGACCUGAGAGUUCUCAUCAAGGUCAAGGGCAAGUGCACCACGGAUCACAUCAGCGCCGCCGGGCCUUGGCUGAAGUUCCGAGGCCACUUGGACAACAUCUCCAACAACAUGCUGAUCGGCGCCGUCAACAGCGAGAACGACGCCAUCAACUCGGUGAAGAACCACCUGACGGGCGAGUACGGAGGCGUGCCCGACGUGGCCCGUCACUACAAAGCCAACAGCGUGUCGUGGGUGGUGGUGGGAGACGACAACUACGGCGAGGGCUCCAGCAGAGAGCACGCCGCGCUGGAGCCCAGACAUCUCGGAGGAAGAGCCAUCAUCGUCAAGAGCUUCGCGAGAAUCCACGAAACGAACCUAAAGAAGCAGGGCCUCCUGCCGCUGACCUUCAGCGACCCGUCAGAUUAUGAUAAAAUCAGCCCCGAUGACAAGAUCUCCAUUAAAGGACUGGAAACGUUCACUCCCGGAAAGUCUUUGAGCGCCGUUGUGAAGCACAGCGACGGCACCGAAGAUGUCCUGGAACUCAACCACAGCUUCAACGAAACGCAGAUCGAAUGGUUCAAGGCCGGUUCCGCUCUCAACAGGAUGAAGGCGCUGCAGCACUGAGGGACGGACGGGGGCAGCCGGAGGGGGCGGGGGUAUACCUGCAUCUGGCAUACCUCGCGGAGAUCCUCACUUGUCACGCGUGUCCGGUCAAACAAUCGCAAUUGCUCUGCGGUCAUGCCCGCCCUCCUGUUGUACAUCGCAGUACAUGACGUUUUUUUUUUUUUUAUGUGUGUGACGUACGCUGGCCCGGUAAGCUUUCAACUGACACGUGACCGAUUGCCGAUAUUCUGUCACGGGUCAGAACUUGACCGCUGGAUCUUCUCCAACUUGAUCCGAUUCGUUCAGCUAGUCUGCUGUGGUGCUGUUGUGCAUGCCACAUAUUUCACGACAGCUGGGUGUGUGCGUGUGUUUGUGACAGUUAAGCCGACGGAAUUUUUCGAAAAGAAUUUAAACCAAAUUUGUGAUAUCCGCCGAGCGUUGGUUGAAUGAUCUCAAUCGUCCGUUUUCGGAAUGUGUUUUCAGCUCUGUUGGUUAGUUGCCCUCAGUCUCUCCCCCCCGUCAUUUUUAAGGGUCGAAUGUGAAAGAAAAAAAAUCGACCACUCUUCUAUUUAUUUUCCAGGCUUAAGUCAUGAAAAUAGUUUUUGUUCUGUGCUCACAUAACAAUCACAUCAACAAUCACACACCCUACCCCCCCCCCCCCCCCACACACACACACACACAUGAACAGUUUCCUGAGGUCUAGGAAACAAAGCUGAUGUAAUACUGUCACCACUGGAUUCUAUGUAAAAACUGUCAAAUGAAGGUUUGUUUUUUGCAGCUGAUGUGGAGAAGAUACAGAUCAGAUUUUAUUUUUUAUCUAUAAUGGCAAAUUAAAAAAAAAAAUUCAAUAAUGAAUUGAGGUCACCCUUAAACAUCUCAUAGUCUCUGUCUAUAUGUGCUUAAUUUCUCCCAGCUGCUCUGUGUUCUAAAAACCGGAAUGGGUUGUAGAAUAAAUACUGACAGAUCU